AUGUCUGCUGAGCCAGUCCCUGAGACCGUGUCAGGCACUGCUGCCGAUGCACUUGCCACGAAGCUGGAGGACACCAAGCUUCCUCCUGAGACGGAAGUGAACGAGGGUGAGGACGACGACGAAGACGACGACGAUACGGCCCCCGCUCCCCAGGCCGAAGGCGAGAAGAAGAAGAAGAAAAAGAAGAAGAAGAAGAGCGGCGCGAAGAAGAAGGGUACGACAGCCAAGGCGGUAUGUGAACAAACGGAGCCGCCAUCGAUUGGCCUUACCAAGAUGUUCCCCAACGGCAUUUUCCCGGUGGGUGAGAUCCAGGCGUACGACGAGUCGAAGUUCGACGAGUCGCGCAAGCGUAUUACUGGUGAAGAGCUGCGUGAGCGUGAGCGCCUUGUGCAACAGGAGGACGGAUUCGACUACAACAUUGUGCGUCGCGCUGCGGAAGUGCAUCGUCAGGUGCGUCAGUAUGCGCAGCGCACGAUCAAGCCGGGCAUGUCGAUGACGGACAUUGCGAACUUGAUCGAAAACGGUACUCGUACGCUCGUCGAAGAGAAUGGAUUCGAGAGUGGUAUUGGUUUCCCGACUGGCCUGAGUCUGAACGAGGUGGCCGCGCACUACACGCCCAACGCAGGCGACAAGCGCGUUCUGCAGAGCUCUGAUGUGCUCAAAGUCGACUUUGGUGUGCACGUGAAGGGCCGCAUUGUCGACAGUGCUUUUACUAUGACUUUUGAGCCGACGUGGGAUCCCCUGGUCGCUGCUGUGAAGGAGGCGACGAAUGCCGGUGUCGCCGCUGCGGGUAUCGACGUGCGCUUGGGCGACGUCGGUGCGGCUGUGCAGGAAGUCAUGGAGAGUCAUGAAUUUGAGGUGAAUGGCAAGACGCACCAAGUCAAGUGCAUUCGUAACCUGAAUGGCCACAACAUUGAGCCAUACCGUAUCCAUGGCGGUAAGUCGGUGCCGAUUGUAGCGACGCCUGGCCUCGAUGUGAAGAUGGAAGAGGGUGAAUACUUUGCGAUCGAGACAUUCGGCUCAACAGGUCGUGGCUACGUCGUCGACUCGGGUGAGUGCUCGCACUACGCCCGCAAGGUCAACCCGCCUCAGGUGCCGCUGCGUGUCAGCAGUGCGCGCCAACUGCUGUACAACAUCAACAAAAACUUCGGCUCGCUGCCUUUCUGCCGUCGCUACCUCGACCGCAUCGGCGAGAAGAACUACCUCCUUGCGUUGCGUCACCUUGUGCAGCAAGGCGUCGUGACGGACUACCCGCCGUUGGCCGAUGUGCCAGGAUGCAUGACGGCGCAGUUCGAACACACCAUUCAUCUUCGUCCUACGUGCAAGGAAGUCGUCUCACGUGGCGAUGACUAUUAA